GAGGGGAGGGCAGGGGCGCCCCCCUCGUGCCUCCCCCGCCACCCUGAGGCCGCUGCGCCCCUCCCCCCCACCCACCCACCCACCCCGGGGCAGGAGCCAUGCGGGGGGGUGCCGGCGGCGAUGCAGAGAGGCAGCAGCGCUGGGGUCGCCUCUUCCAGGAGCUAGACAUUAACAAGGAUGGCCGCGUGGACGUGCAUGAGUUGCGCCAGGGCCUGGCCAAGCUGGGCGGAGGUGAUCCGGAUCGCGGUGCCCAACAGGCCAUCUCCCCUGAGGGGGACACUGACCCGGAUGUUGGACUCAACCUGGAAGAAUUUUCGCAGUACCUGCAGGAGAGGGAAAAGCGACUGCUACUCAUGUUCCGAAGCCUGGAUCGGAACCAAGACGGUCACAUCGACGUCUCUGAGAUCCAGCAGAGUUUCCGAGCCCUGGGGAUCUCCAUCUCGCAAGAACAAGCCCAGAAAAUUCUGCUCAGCAUGGACCGCGACGGCACCAUGACCGUUGACUGGCAGGAAUGGCGCGACCACUUCCUGCUGCACUCCCUGGAAAACGUGGAGGAUGUGUUGUUUUUCUGGAAGCAUUCCACAGUCCUGGACAUCGGUGAGUGCCUGACGGUGCCCGAUGAGUUCUCCCAGCAAGAGAAGCUGACUGGCAUGUGGUGGAAGCAGCUGGUGGCGGGCGCCGUGGCGGGUGCUGUGUCACGGACGGGCACGGCCCCUCUGGAUCGCCUCAAAGUCUUCAUGCAGGUGCACGCCUCCAAGACCAACCGGCUGAAUAUCCUGGGGGGUCUGCGUAGCAUGAUCCGCGAGGGGGGUGUCCUUUCCCUGUGGCGUGGCAACGGCAUCAACGUGCUCAAAAUUGCACCUGAGUCGGCCAUCAAGUUCAUGGCCUACGAGCAGAUCAAACGCGCCAUCCGAGGGCAGCAGGAGACUUUGCAUGUGCAAGAGCGCUUUGUGGCGGGUUCCCUGGCUGGCGCCACGGCCCAGACCAUCAUCUACCCCAUGGAGGUGCUGAAGACGCGGCUAACCCUGCGCCGGACCGGCCAAUAUCGGGGGCUGUUGGACUGCGCCCGGCGGAUCCUGGAGCGGGAGGGGCCCCGCGCCUUCUACCGCGGCUACCUGCCCAACGUGCUGGGCAUCAUCCCCUAUGCGGGCAUCGAUCUGGCCGUCUAUGAGACCCUGAAGAACCGCUGGCUCCAGCAGGCGGGCCACGAGUCAGCCAACCCCGGCAUCCUUGUGCUCCUGGCCUGCGGCACCAUCUCCAGCACGUGUGGUCAGAUAGCCAGCUACCCGCUGGCCUUGGUGCGGACUCGUAUGCAGGCCCAAGCCUCAGUGGAGGGCGCACCACAGCACUCCAUGCUGGCCCUACUCCGACACAUCCUGGCCCAGGAGGGCGUGUGGGGCCUGUACCGAGGCAUCGCGCCCAACUUCAUGAAGGUCGUACCGGCCGUGAGCAUCUCCUAUGUGGUCUACGAGAACAUGAAGCAUGCCCUGGGGGUCACAUCCAGGUGAGGGACCCAGAGCCCUAUGCCCCCCACCCCACACACGCACACAGGAUCUCUGAGCCACUGGAGACCAGCAACUUUCCCCAACCCCAGCUCAUCAACUUCACCCACUGGACCCCAACACCCUAGGUCCUUGAACCUGAAGGCUUUCCACGCCCCAGCCCUAAGUCCUUGUCCCCUCCCUGACCCCACUGAGACACUGGAACCUGCACCCCAACAUGCCCAAAGUGGAUCCCACCCCCUGGGUCUUCACCACUGGAUGUCCACCGGCCAUACAAGGACCUUGACCCUACAAUCACAGGGUCACACAUGGACCCCCAUCGCCACGCCCCCCAGCCCUUAGCUCCCUCAGGGACCAGAUUCAGUGUGUCUUCCCAACCCACCGCCCCUGCACACUGGGUCCUACUCCCCCUUGCCCUGAGAUCCCUUUGCUCCGAGCCCUGCAUCUCCAAGUCUCACCACUGCCAUCUGGAUGACAAGAAACCUCAACCACUGGAUCCCAGAUCCCCCUCACUGGAUCUCCAAGUUCCUUUACCUCAACACUGGGUCCCAGAUCCUGCUACUCCGGCUGCUAGAUCGAUCCCAGCAUUUCAAGCCUGAAGCCCAUCACACCCCACCCCAUCCCACCCCCAUGGAUCUCAGAUACCCAAACUUCCUCCCACCCCAAACCAGGCUGUCACCUGCCCUGGAUCCCUAAAAUCUCCACAAUGGAAACACACACCCCCCCAAAAAAUAGCAAGUGGAUCUGGCCACUGGUAGCUGCUAGAUUCCCAAUUUGACAUCCCAAAUCCCUUCACUACAUGCCAAGAACUGAACCCCUGGUUUCUAAGGGGAUCCCCAAGGCCUAGAGCCAGACUCCCCACCAACAAGCCUAGACCCCACUCGUCGGAUGACAGAAUCACGGAUCCUUUGCACUGCUCCCUACGGCCAUGAUGAGGUGGGUUUACCAAGGACCCCAAAUCCUGGCCUGUGUCCUGUUCAAGAAGAUAGAGGGUUGCACCCCCACACCCACCCACACAUCUGUGAAGCCGCACCUGAUCCUGUGGGGAGACACACCUCCCGCUGCCCCCAAGCCUUUGCCAUGUCUUCCAUCCAUUUGUCUUCCAGCCCUUUCCCAAGCCACGGGCAAGUACCUCCCCCCUGCCCAAACACACACACACAUGAUGACC